AUGGGCUACAUCCCUCUUCUGCUGAUCUGGUUUGCUGCCUCAGCUGUUAGUGUUGUCCUGUUUUUGUUGUUAGGUAGUUUGAAUGCUCGGUGCUGCUACAGCUUAUUCAAGGUACGAUCUGAUAGGAGCAAUCAUGUUUUGAGGUUGAAGGCCGCGAUGGAACCACCAGGGCUGACUCAGGGGCUCACAAAUAGCAAACGAGAGAGCAUAAAUAGGAACUCAAAAUGGGAGAACUUGGAAUGCUAUGAAAAUCUUGCCAAGAGUCAAGCACUGAAGUUCAUGGUCAUUGGCUUGUGCAGGACUCUAGGGUUUGUCCCUCCUACCAUCCUAGGAUUUCAACCCGGAGAAGCCUUUGUAGUCCGCAAUGUGGCAAAUCGGUGCCCUCAUUUGAAGAAACAAUUGGCCAACUUCUUAUUGGCAACAAACUUUGAUGGAGAAAACAUUUUUGGUAAAGAUAAAAGUUUUCUACAGUUUGAAAAUAUACUAGUUCAAAAUUGGCCACAGCCUGCUUGUGCGACAGGUAUUCGUGCCGCUUAUAGCAGCAAAGAUUUGACUGUAAAUUCAAGCUUUCCAGUAGGGCUUAUCAGAAGAUUGGGUAGUUGUGGGAAGAAUGCAAAGGUUAAGCAC